AUGGACGCGUCCUUUCCCUCGGUUCUUGAUACCAUCAUCCACCCUGAGAGCAAGAACGCUACUCAGCUGCUCAAUGCACUAGGCCUUGCCGACGUACCGUCAAGAGAGCGCGUACACCGUGAGAUAGAGGAGAGACUCCUCUUACCACAGGAAAAACUCCCAGAGGACUGGUUACCCCAGUACCAAGAGCACUGGGAAUCUGUGCUAUCUGUCCCAUCUCUUCUGUCCAUGGCGCCGGCUCCGGCCCCCACUAUGCUUUCCUUCGUCCGAGGCGGCCUGGGUGGGCGUGUUACCGGUUAUACUGAAUCUCUAGCUCCUCCUGUCGUGACAGGUUUGACUUCUACUGCCAUUGAUCGUGCACCGGGACCGUCGAAGAACUUUGUCCGCGGCAAGUCGGGUUACGUGCCAUUCUGGCCGGGUGGACUGGAAGCUCUCUUGCCUGAAGCCGAAGAUGAAGAAGGCGUUAUUGAACAGAAAGGAUUACGAACGGUCGCUCCUGGACUUUCCCGCGGGUUAAAACUACCAGGCGAUGAAUCAGAAGAAGAUGCAACGUUGCAAGAGCUCGAUGGUCUGGGAGCCAAUGCAGUACAACACGAUGCGAGUGGCCAGGAACCACUGUACGAAGAUGCACCGUUGCUGAACGGCGGCGGUGCAACCUACGGGUCAUCCGAGAUCGAUGACCUUCUGCCAACGUCGCGCUCACAAUUGAAUUCCGUUUCGGCCGCCCAUAGGCCGUCAAGAAGAGCGCAUGUACAGAAACGGGACUGGGCACACGUCAUUGAUGUAAAUAAACCCAUGAAGAAUUUUCACACCCUUGUUCCGGAGAUGGCUCACAAGUAUCCGUUUGAGCUGGACACGUUUCAGAAGGAAGCCGUAUACCAUCUUGAGAUGGGCGACUCUGUCUUCGUCGCCGCUCAUACCUCGGCUGGAAAGACUGUCGUUGCUGAGUAUGCUAUCGCGCUUGCCGAGAAGCAUAUGACACGUGCGAUCUACACGUCCCCUAUCAAAGCUCUAUCGAAUCAAAAGUUCCGCGACUUCAAGCAAACGUUCUCGUCCAAUUCUGUCGGUAUCCUCACUGGUGAUGUGCAGAUCAACCCGGAGGCAAACUGUCUGGUGAUGACCACGGAGAUUCUGAGAAGCAUGCUCUACAAGGGUGCGGACCUCAUUCGCGACGUCGAGUUCGUAAUCUUCGAUGAGGUUCACUACGUCAAUGACGCAGAGCGUGGUGUUGUAUGGGAAGAGGUGAUUAUCAUGUUACCUGACCAUGUAAACAUCAUUCUACUGUCGGCGACGGUACCAAACGCGCGGGAGUUCGCAGAUUGGGUCGGGAGGACGAAGAAGCAGGACAUAUAUGUCAUCUACACGGCCAAACGCCCGGUACCGCUGGAACACUACCUGUGGGCAGGGCGGGAGAUGCACAAGAUCGUUGACGCGAACAGAAACUUUCUCGGUCAGGGGUACAAGGAUGCCAGCGAAGCUCUCCGACGUAAGCAGGAUAAGGAGCGCGAAGCGGCCGGCUUACCUCCAGUUCAACGUGUUGGCGCUCGUGGUGGCGCACCCCAACGUGGGCAGCAACGUGGUGGUUCUCGUGGCGGUGCUCCCACUCGUGGACCUGUCGCCAGAGGUGCUCCUGCCCGUGGAGGUCCGUCGCGCGGCGGUGGACCAGCUCGCUCCUACCACCAAGUGGAUAAGAGUCUCUAUGUGCAUUUGAUCGGUCACCUCAAGAAGAAGAAUCUGCUUCCGGUUGUCGUAUUCACAUUGUCGAAGAAACGCUGCGAGGAGAAUGCUGGAUCGCUAACGAAUGUUGAUCUGUCGACCGCUGUCGACCGGAGCGAGGUUCAUGUGGCGGUCGAGAAGGCCAUUGCCCGCCUCAAAGGCACGGACCGCAAGCUCCCCCAGAUCGCUCGUAUGCGAGACUUGCUAUCAAGGGGCAUUGGUGUACACCACGGUGGCCUGUUACCCUUGGUUAAGGAGCUUGUCGAGAUAUUGUUUGCUCGCGGUUUGGUGAAAGUCCUCUUUGCAACAGAGACCUUUGCGAUGGGAGUAAAUAUGCCAGCAAAAUGUGUCGUCUUCUCGAGCACGAGAAAACACGACGGGCGGAGUUUCCGUGACAUUCUUCCAGGGGAGUAUACACAAAUGGCUGGCCGUGCUGGUCGUCGCGGUCUUGAUCCCACUGGAACUGUCAUCAUUAACGCGGCAGACGACCUACCCGAGCAAACCUCGCUGCACACUAUGAUUCUAGGGAAGCCCGGUCGACUGUCUUCUCAGUUCCGUCUCACGUACAACAUGAUUCUGAAUCUGCUGCGGGUGGAAGCUCUCAAGGUCGAGGAGAUGAUUAAGCGCAGCUUUUCGGAGAACGCCUCUCAGCGGCUCCUCCCGGACCAGCAGAAGAAGGUUAUCGAAGGCGAGAAGCAAUUGUCGAAUCUUGCGAAGUUGGAGUGUGAAGUCUGUGCCGAAGACAUCUAUCGGUACUACGAUGUCUCCGCCGACCUCGUCGAAUUGAACGAGAGACUUCUGGUUCUUGCCGCCAAUCAUAUUCAGGGAUCAAAGUCUCUGGUUUCCGGACGAGUCGUGGUUGUUCGAGAUGGGCACUUCCGCUGGAACGUAGCCGUACUUUUGAAGCCAGCUCCGGCCCGUGAACAGGUCAAGUAUUACUUCGUACUAGCGUUGGUGAAUCCGACGACGAAGUCUGGUGAUCUCGACCAGGAAGCGCAGCUUGUACCGCCACGAUGGCCACCCGCCCCGAGCGACCUACCUGUCGCCGAUGCGACGUAUGACUUAGUCGCAGUCCCCCUUACAGCUAUUUCCCUCGUCACCAACCGAACGAUCAAGGUGGAUGUGGACGCCAUCGUGGAAAAACAUCUCAAGUCAGUCAUGACAGACACCAUUCUUGCGUUGGAGUCGCUUGUGGAGGAGUGGUCAGCGCAUCGAUCCUUGCCGGAACAUGAUUGGGAACGCAUGCGCUCCCUUGACUUCCAGGAGCUUAUACAUCGGCGUGGUCAGCUUGUGAAGCAGCUUGAGGGAGCAGCUUGCACUUUGUGCGCAGGCUUUGAGCAGCAUUAUACUACCGUGCACUUUGAGAAGAUGCUCCGAGCGAAUAUCGCCAACCUCAAGAUGGCCAUAUCAGACCAGAAUCUAGAGCUCAUACCCGACUAUGAGCAACGUAUUGAGGUCCUACAAGAACUCAAGUUCAUUGAUCAGAAUUCGACCGUGCAGCUCAAGGGCCGGGUUGCUUGCGAGAUUAACUCGGUCAACGAGCUCGUGUUGACAGAGCUCAUUCUCGAGAAUACUCUCGCAUCCUACGAACCGGAAGAGGUUGUCGCGUUGUUGUCUGCAUUCCUAUUCCAAGAGAAGACCGACGUCGAACCCGUUCUUCCUCCGAAGCUACAGGAAGGUCGUGACGCAAUCGUACAUAUAACUGAGCGCGUCAGCGCGGUUCAGGAUCGACACAAAGUCCCGGGUGACAACUUCAGGUCUACGCUGAAAUUUGGUCUUAUGGAAGUGGUGUACGAGUGGGCAAAAGGAAUGCCGUUCGAGCAGAUCUGCGCCUUGACAGACGUUCCGGAGGGAACGGUUGUUCGCGUCAUCACGCGCCUAGACGAGACAUGCAGGGAAGUCCGGGAUGCGGCACGGGUUAUUGGCGAUGGUGACUUGAUGAAGAAGAUGGAGGAGGCUCAGCUCAUGAUCAAACGGGAUAUCAUAUUUGCAGCAUCCUUGUACUUCUAA